UCUAUAAGGAUGAAUUCACAUAUCUACACGUUUGUAGAAGUUUACAGUACCGCUUUGAAAAGCGUCGCGAGUCGCGACUGCCGAAAGCUAAGAGAAGCGAUCACUGCGCUGAGUUGGCUCGGCGGUUCGGACGGAUUGAGCUUGCGAGUACGCGAUCCGCCACUGGGUAAACUCAGUCGAGAAACGGAGCUUGCAAGCGACACUUGUGGCAAGCGGAGAUCGGGAAAGAGCCCCUUGAAUGAAAAACGGAAAAAGGCACUCUUAAAAGUCGGCGAAAAGCAAAGAAAAAGAACCCACAAGUCGCUCAAAAAAUUGCAACACCAAAAGCGCGCGUGCGCAACACGAUAAGUUGGAAGAUAGGCGAAAAAUCUCUCGAUUUAUACG